AGGCCUCUGCCCUGCGCCCACUGCACCCACCCCUCGCCCAGCCUCUCCAGGGGCUCAUCUCUGCAGUCUGAGAAGGAGGCUUUCCUGCUCCCCAGGGCUUCCGCCUGCUGUGGAUACUGGGGGAGUGUGGUUCCGGGUUUCACCCAGUUUCCCAGGUGUAAGCCCUGUGGCCUUGCAGAGCACAGAGGUGGGGAGGGGCCCCCGCGGAGCCAGCCAGACUCCGGUGCCCCCACCCUGUUACACCACAAGAGACAUUCUCCUCCCCACGUAGGGUCUGAGGACAGCAGUUGGAUCUCAAGGUUAUUUUAGUCUUUACACCUGACGCUGCUUAAGCGGAGGUUACAUCAGGAUGGGUGGAAAAGGAGAAACUGCAAGGCCUGUGGACGUCUGAGCGGAUGAGCAGCAACAGCAGCAAGAGAGCCCCGACCACAGCAACCCAACGCCUGAAGCAGGACUACCUCCGCAUCAAGAAGGACCCGGUGCCUUACAUCUGUGCCGAGCCCCUUCCUUCCAACAUUCUCGAGUGGCACUACGUGGUCCGUGGCCCUGAGAUGACGCCCUACGAAGGUGGCUAUUACCACGGAAAACUCAUCUUUCCCAGGGAAUUUCCUUUUAAACCUCCCAGCAUUUAUAUGAUAACCCCCAACGGAAGAUUCAAGGUCAACACCAGGCUGUGUCUCUCCAUCACGGACUUCCACCCGGACACGUGGAACCCGGCCUGGUCGGUGUCUACCAUCCUGACGGGGCUCCUCAGCUUCAUGGUGGAGAAGGGCCCCACCCUGGGCAGCAUAGAGACCUCGGACUUCACGAAGAGACAGCUGGCCGCGCAGAGCUUAGCCUUCAAUGUAAAAGAUAAAGUCUUCUGUGAGUUGUUCCCUGACGUCGUGGAGGAAAUUAAACAAAAGCAGAAGGCGCAGGACGAGCUCAGCAGCAGGCCCCAGACGCUCCCCCUGCCCGAUGUGGUUCCGGAUGGGGAGGCGCACCAUGGCCAGCACGGGCUCCAGCUCCUCAAUGGGCGCGCGCCGGGGCCCGGGCCUAACCUGGCGGGGCUCCAGCAGGCCAACCGGCACCACGGACUCCUGGGCGGUGCCCUGGCGAACUUGUUUGUCAUAGUCGGGUUUGCGGCCUUUGCCUACACGGUCAAGUAUGUGCUGAGGAGCAUCGCGCAGGACUGAGCCGCGGGGCCCGCUAGGGCGGCCAUAGCAGGGCUGGCGGCCGGGGCGCGGCUGUGCUCGGGCCGGCCCGCCGGACUCCUGGGUAGCUUUUUAAGAACCUUUCAAAGGAAACCGAAACCAAAGCGUGCGGUUUGGGUUUGAGGAGACGCUGGGCCCCAGGGCCGCGCCGAGGACGAGGGCCGGCCUGGGCGCGCCCUGUGUCUUGGACCUGUUUUAGGAAACCUGUUUUUCAUUUUAUUAGAUUUGGUCACUUAAAAACACCAAACGCAGUGCCUGU